AUGUUUCCUUACGUGUUUUGGUUUGUUCUGUCGGUACUUACUGUACAAAACAGUCACUGUUUUCCGAGUAGAGGUAUCGGUGCUAAUAGUCCCACUGCGUUUUAUUGUUUUGUGAUGCCGGAUAUGACGUGGCAAUGUAAAUGUCCAGAAUCAGACAAAGUGUACGUACUUAACCAGUAUCCACAGUUCGCUCUUGUUUGUAAUGGUUACAACCAACUCGAGUUUCUGACUCGAGCAGGUACGGGUCAGGACGGUGCAAUACCCUGGUCACCGACGAAAACGUAUGGGUAUCAACAUGCUGUCAACGUAGCGAAAUCUGUUAGAUCCUGGACAGGUUCGUUAGGCAGAGGAUACCUACCUGAAUUAAGAUACUCAAACACGAAGUUUAAUUCGCAGAGAUCUGAUAAAAGAGACUCCGCAUCUACAUCUUCAACCUUGCCCAACACAACCCCGACGACACCACUCAGUUUUGCUGAACCGUACGCUUCCAGUAUAGCUGACAAGUACGAUAACUCUGCUUCCGCUUUCCGGCUUCAUGAAAAUAAUUUAUCAUCUUCGUCAUCUAAAGAAUCUGAAUCAAAUAAUGAAAAGUCUACGACAUUUAUGUGGAGCGAUUCAACAGUAUCUACAACGGAGAGGCCAACGCCGGAGGAACACCCUCAGCCGGAGAAAUCACCUGAACCAGAAGUUCCCAUCCACCCGAUAGCCAGACCUGAACCAGCUGAAGAAUCUUCGUCUGUUGAAGAACCAGCGGAAAGUGAGGAUACGGGAUGUACAUAUAUGGGCAGGCAUAUGAAAAGUGGCGAGUCGUUCAAGCCACCAUGGGGCUGCACUUUGUACUGCAAUGGAAACAACAGCUUAUUCCGGAAGUGCUGA